GCAGGCGGCCGGCAGGCCCGACCGCCGUCCCUGUGGCUGCCGCCGCCUGCUCCCUGCACCGCGCCGCUGCGCGUCUUUUUUUUUUCCCCGUUCUCUUUGUCUCUUGCCCCUUCGCGGGUGUGGGCAUUCUCGGCCAGCAGCGGGGCGGCCUCAAGAUGGCUGAGGGCAACGAGGAGCUGCGGGCGGACGACUUGCCAGGGCCGGCCUUCGAGGGCUACGAAGCCAUGGAGCUCGCCUGCCCCGCUGAGCGCAGCGGCCACGUCGCCGUUAGCGACGGCCGCCACAUGUUCGUGUGGGGCGGCUACAAGAGUAAUCAAGUCAGAGGAUUAUAUGACUUCUAUCUGCCUAGAGAAGAAUUAUGGAUCUACAACAUGGAAACCGGACGAUGGAAAAAAAUUAACACUGAAGGUGAUGUGCCUCCUUCUAUGUCAGGAAGCUGUGCUGUGUGUGUAGACAGGGUGCUGUACUUGUUUGGAGGACACCAUUCAAGAGGCAAUACAAAUAAGUUCUACAUGCUGGAUUCGAGAUCUACAGACAGAGUGUUACAGUGGGAACGAAUUGACUGCCAAGGAAUCCCUCCAUCAUCAAAGGACAAGCUGGGCGUGUGGGUAUAUAAAAACAGAUUAAUAUUUUUUGGAGGGUAUGGAUAUUUACCUGAAGAUAAAGUAUUGGGAACUUUUGAAUUUGAUGAAACAUCUUUUUGGAAUUCAAGUCAUCCAAGAGGAUGGAAUGAUCAUGUACAUAUUUUAGACACUGAAACGUUCACCUGGAGUCAGCCGAUCACUACCGGUAAAGCACCUUCACCUCGCGCUGCCCACGCCUGUGCAACAGUUGGGAACAAAGGCUUUGUGUUUGGAGGCAGAUACCGAGAUGCCAGAAUGAAUGACCUUCACUACCUUAAUCUGGAUACAUGGGAGUGGACUGAAUUAAUUCCACAAGGCAUAUGCCCAGUUGGCCGAUCGUGGCAUUCACUAACGCCAGUUUCUUCAGAUCAUCUUUUUCUCUUUGGAGGAUUUACCACUGAUAAACAGCCACUAAGUGAUGCCUGGACUUACUGCAUCAGUAAAAAUGAAUGGAUACAAUUUAAUCAUCCCUAUACUGAAAAACCAAGGUUAUGGCAUACAGCCUGUGCCAGCGAUGAAGGAGAAGUGAUUGUUUUUGGUGGCUGUGCCAACAACCUGCUUGUUCAUCACAGAGCUGCACACAGCAAUGAAAUACUUAUAUUCUCAGUUCAACCAAAAUCUCUCGUACGGCUAAGCUUAGAAGCAGUCAUUUGUUUUAAAGAAAUGUUAGCCAACUCGUGGAACUGUCUUCCAAAACACUUACUUCACAGUGUUAAUCAGAGGUUUGGUAGUAACAACACUUCUGGAUCUUAAGGCUUCAUAGAUAAUGCCCAUGAUCAUCUUGCAUGGACAGCAGUCCUGUGAUCGUCACAGAGUGGCAUCGUUUGUAUAAUUAUAUGCAAUUGUUGUAGUUUGCAGCUUUUUGAUUUUAAUGUGCAUGUGAAUGGCCUAGAGAACCUAUUUUUGUGUCUAAAGUUUACAAUAAAUGUAUUUAACACCAGUAACUAUCUUCUAUUAAAGCAAAAAAAUUAAUGCCUGGGA